AAAGAACACUUCCUGACGAUGGGUCUAUAAAUGCGAACAUUGAUUCCCUGCACACCGAUCCAGUCUACAAACCAUGUCCGAUAUUCCUACCGCAUCUUGCUUCAACGAUAACGGCGGUAUCCCCACCGCGACCUGCUUCAACCAUAAAGGCGUGACAUUUGACGACGAAGGUCAAAUGAUAAUACCCACCAUGUCGACCUCCGUACCCUUCACCCUCGACAUCGCGACAGUGCUCUGCAUCCUCUUCGCCCUCUCCUUCAUGCCCAUCGCCUACUUCCUGGGCAAUCGAUACAUCCCCGCCACGCAUAAGCAAUUCCGCAUCCUCUUCUACUGGCACGCCUACGAUGCCCUCACCCACCUCUUCAUCGAGGGCUCCUUCCUCUACGAGUCCUUCUUCAGCUACAUGAAGAUCCCCGGCGGCAUCGGCGGCGCACCACACUUCCUGGGGCGCCAGGACCGCGUCUACGGCGCCGCCUUCGGGACGUGGCCGAGCGCGCGGCUCUGGCAAGAAUACGCCAAGGCCGACUUCCGGUGGGCGACCGCCGACGCGAACGUCAUCUCGCUCGAGCUCCUGACGGUGCUGCUGGCCGGCCCCGCGGCCGUCUACAUCUGCUACCUGCUGUGGAUGAUGUUCAACGCGCGGACGACCACGGAAGCCAAGGGCGACGCCCGGGCGAAGCUUUGGUUCGCGGCCACGACGGUGGCUACGGCGGAGCUGUACGGGGGGUGGAUGACGUUUGCGCCGGAGUGGCUGACGGGCAGCACGAAGCUCGAGACGGGCAAUAUGGUGUACUUGUGGUUCUAUCUGUUCUUUUUCAACACGCUGUGGGUGGUGAUGCCCCUUUGGGUGCUGCGCGAGGCUUGGGGGGAGUUUCGGGAGGUUUUUGUCACGGCGGAGCGCGCUGGUCACGGUCGCAAGAAGGUGUAGAUCGGGGGAUGGUUGAGUGGAUGAUGGGAGUUGAGGACAAGCUUAAUGAAAGUUUCAGUAAAAUGGGGUUGGUAAGGGGAUGGAUGCUCAGAGGUUUAUGGUUUUUUCAGCGACCAGUGUUAGUCAUUGUUAUAGAUUUGCUUAUAGUUGGAUAGUUACAAUCGAAGUUUCUCAAAUUCGGU